AUGGAGGAUAAGGUUAAAUCACUGGAAGAUGGGAAGGAAGCGAUGAAAAAUCUUAUGGGCGUUAUCCUGAGUUUCCUUUCUGCUGUCGUUAAAAACUUGGAGGAUAUCGCUAAGGUCUGUGAUCAAACUUUCUCUCCAAAACCCAUUGUGGAACUUGACUUGGAUGAAGAGACCAUCCAAACUGGUAGUGGUGAUGCUACUUUGGUGGGUGGCACUGCGAAGAGGACCAAAGCUAGUGUCAAGAAAGCUAUGGCUUCUUCUGCAAACAAUCUCCCUAAUCUCAGGGAUAACAUCAAAGAGCUGCACGAAAUUAGCAACACUCUGGAAAAGAAAGUUACCAAGAUAGUAGAGGACAUUCUUGUUGAAGAAGGUCACCCCCAUGAGAAAGUUAGAGUUUCUAGAGCUGCGAGGGAUGCAUCUGAAAAAGUGAAGAAACAAAAGACUACACCUGCUCUAGUCAAAGUAAAGGUGACAGGGUCUUCUGACACUUCAAUGAAGACACCUCCUGCUAAAGUAGAACCCUCUAGUUCAUCUGCAAAGGGGAAAGGUGUUCUGAGGAAGAAGCAAAAGCCCCAAAUAGAGUAUGUGGUAGUUUCUCUGGUGCAAUCUGAAACUGAGUCAGUUGCAGACAUUCCUAAGGCUCUGAAGAAAGGAGAAUUUGCUAAGGACACUCAGGAUGUUGCAGACCAACUAGUUUUGGAUUCUGUUGAAGUCAAGCAUGUUGAGGUGAAUGAUAAAUCAGUUGAGGCAAAGGUUGAUGUGCCAAGUGAUGGCAUAGGUGCACAGGAGGCACCUAAAGAAGACAAAUCCGAUCAAGUUGAGGCUGAGAAAGAGGAAGAAGAAAAACAUGAGGAACUAGAUAAAGGGAAGGGUAAGGAAAAGAUAGGAGUUGGGAACUACUUCCAUCAGGAAGAUGAAUUUGAAGAUAUGUGCAAAAAUAAGGAGGUGGAAGAGCUUGCAGAAGUUAUGGGGACCUUGGAAAAGAAUCUAGAGGAAAGAAAGCGGAGACUAGAAAGGAUGGAGGGAGAACUAGCGCAAAGUGAUUCAGGGGAAAAUGAAGGAGUCUCCAAGCUCUAUGCACCUGAGAAGGAGAAGGACUCAGAAGAAGAGAAUAGACUUAUUGUUGCACUAAAUGCAGAAAUAGAUGAAAGAAUGGCAGAGCAUGUUUCUUUUGAUGCAUCGACCAGAGAGAAAGUGAAGAAGAAGGUGCAAGGUCUUCUUGUUACACAUGAGGAAAUUACAAAGGAAUUGAAGUCUGAGUUUGAUGAAUUCCAACAGAUUGUUCAGUAUGGGGUUCCUAGUCUGGUAGAUGAUGCAGGUGUGAUCAAAGACAGAACCGUAUGGAUCUCUGAGUGCAAGUCUAUGCUUAGUGUAGCCCAAGCCAUCACCAGAGUAGAUGUCCUUGACAUGAACGACAUGACCAAUCAGUUGGAGAAUUUUUAUGUGAUUGAGAAUGCAGCCAAGGAUGCGAUCUUCAAUGCUACAACAUACAAGGAUCUGGGCUACUUGCGGCAUAUUAAAAAAUGUGGACGACGGCUGGGUCGAAAGUCUUAG